GGCACAGAUUUUUUUUAUUGGGGUGAUGAGAGAGUGUUUUUUUUUAGGUCAAGGGCAAUAUUGUCAAUUCAAUGAAAAUGUGUGGAAUUUAAUUGGUAAUUUGUAGGCGAUGUUUAGUAAUUCACCAACUCAAACCUAAGGUUGCAUACGGCGUCAAUGUUCUUAGGUCGCGGAGUUAUAUUUCGUUUGGUUACAUGUCUGCCUCGCAUCCGCUGAGUCAUCGCGUAUGUUGGCAGAAAACUGAGGUGGCCAAAAAGAUUGACAAACUACGGCUCGCUUUACAAACUCUCCUUUUUUCUAGAGAGUCCCGACAGAGGAACUGAGGAAUAGACUACAGUGGCUUCUCCUUCUCAAUAUCAAUUUCAAUUAAUUGACGCAUAAUUUUCUAAUUUCAUGGAAGUAGUAGAGAAAGAGAGGAAAGAGGAGCAGCAAACUCGGGUGCCGAUGCUAGAGGAUUGUUUGAAGCUAUUAAGAGGCGAAACCGACGAGAAACGUCUCGCCGGCUUACUGUUAGUCACACGGUGUUGUGACAAGAAUGACCAACAUUCCAUUGUUAAGGUGUAUGAUGCUAUUGGUGUUCGAUUCCUCCACCGCCUUUUACGAACUGGUGUGGGUAAAGGUAAUAUAGCCGAUAGCGGAAGUGACAAUCGUGAUGCUUAUCUGCACCUAUGCAUCACAGUUCUUGCAGCAUUUUGCCGUGUUCCGGAAAUAGCGGCAUCUGAAGAUAUGGUAUCAAAGAUACCCUUAAUCCUGGAAAUCAUGGAGAAAGAGUCAUCUUCUUCUAUUUUGGAAGAAUGCUAUGAAAUACUGUUUCUCACUUCAUCAGUUUCUGACAAGGGAGUUGCUACGCUAUAUGAGUCUGGAGGCCUGAGGUUGAUUUCUAUUCACUUGCCUUCGCUUCCAGAUGGCUCUCAGGUCUUGGAACUUUCCUUGAGACUUCUCCAACUCAUCUUAAGUAAAGUUUCUGUGGAUGUCAUUAUAAGCAGACAUUUACCAGAGUUGGCAACUAUGGUUGUACCCAUAGCUAGGCAGUUUGCUCUGUUUCAAAAUGCUCUGAAAUUUGACUUGCUCCAGCUUCUUUGUGUUAUCCUUUCAUCGGAUCAUUCGGUUCCUCUGAAAAAUGCACUCAGAGCCAUGUCGGAUAAUAAAUGGUCUGCUUAUGUGCGUGCUGGAAUAAUGGAUAUUUUACAGAAUCGUGUUGCUGCGGAGCAAAAGAUUCAGGCUCUUAUUGUGGCUGAGGCAAUGCUAGCUAUGCUGGGAGAAGGGUGGCUGAUUGUCCAGUUGGAUGUCCCGGAUUUGAAUAAGUCCUUUCAAUCUGAAAGGUGCUUGUUACUUGUUCUAGAGUCAGCACGGGUUGAGAUUGCUGUUUUGCUUAAUGAGCUGGCAUACUUAAAAUAUGAAGCAGCUUCAUCAAAUCCCGAAGCAUUCCUUUUAAAGAGACGUAACUUGGCCAUUGUGUUUUCGUUGGUUGAAAAUAUUAUUAAACUCAUCUCAAAUCUUAGUGAAGAUGAAGAGAGUAUUAUUAGUGAAGGCACAUUCACAAAGGUCAUUUCUGGACUUAAUGAGACGGUUGAAGUAGUCCUUGAAUAUCUUAAGGAUGCAAAGGACCACGGUCAAAAGAAGGGAGAUGAUCUUCUUGCUUCUGUACGACUUGUUGGAAGUUACUUGGCAGAGGCUCCCCUUGCAAGCAAAGAGAAGGUCGAGGAGCUUCUAGCUUAUUUGCUGUCAAUUGAAGGAGAAAAUGAGUUCAGUCCUUUUCUUUCUAGAAGCUUCUUGCUUCCCAUGAUCUGCCAAGCAACAAUGACAACUGAAGGAGUCAAAAUGCUGGCUUCCUCUGGAGCUUACAAAGCUGUUAUGGAGUAUUUCGUACAUCUAAUGAGUAAAGAUUCCCGUCUCAGUGAAAAUAGUGAUUCUGUAUUGUUAAUAUGUGAUACAGUUAUAAAUUUCUUGUUGAAGAGGGAACACAUCAAAGUUCAGCUGGAUGAAGCUGUGUUUGUCCAAGUCUUGAAGGCAUUGACUUAUUGGACAGAGGGAACAAGUGACUCAACUUACAUCAUGAUGGCGUCAAGCAUAUGUUCACUUAUUUUUGACAACACAUCAGAGAAGGCCCUGCUGACAUAUCCAGGGAUUGAUAUAAGCAUUUUACAUAAAUUGUCUCAGCUCAUUGCAAGAAGCUUGGUUGUAUGUGCACAGAAAAACUGUAACAAUGCAAAUUCGGAUGUGGAUCUUCAUCAGAUAAUAGCUGCAGGUUAUUCCCGGUGGGCUGAUCGAUUUCCCCUUGUCAGAGAAGCGGUAGGGAGAUGAAUUACAUGAAUAGGUGUCACAAUUUUUUGGAGUUUCUGCUGUUGCUGUUGCUGUUGCCGUUGCCGUUGCUGUUGCUGUUGCAUAAUAUCAUUCAGCUAUAUAGCUGCUGUACAUUAAUACCUGAGAAAGUACUGUAAAUCAUUGUUUCGUGUUCGGCUGGAAAGUUGAUGUAGCUUGCAGGAUCGAAAAUUUUGCAGGGAAAAAUUUAAUUAGCGGUUCAUAUGGUCUUGUAAGAAACAUCUAUUCUAAAAUCACAUUUCUAAGAAAGUUAAAGUUGGGUGUUUUAUAAAUUAUAACCUGUAAAAGCAUUGUAAAUCAUGAGUUUACACAAACUGUAAUGUUCACAUAAAUAGUUAUAUCUGCAAAGAUUAUUUUCGAGUGA